UGUGUGUGUUUUGUGUGUACAGAUCGUGGCCUAUGGCGUCUUCGCUCGUAGGAGAUCUUUGUGCGUUAUCUUAACACCCGACGUGGACACCUACGAUGACCUGCUGUCGUCACUGCGGGGUCUGAAUCUAUCCAACGUUCAGCUCGCGGAUAAUAAUGACGAUGUGAGAGUCAACGUCGCAGCCGUGGAGAUGAGUAACACUUCCGGUGUGUCAGCAGCUGCCAGAAGCAUGUGCCAGGGUUAUUGUGGGAGCCGUGACGUCACUUACUACUCAGUGGAAGCUGUGUCCCCAGAUGAUGACGACGACGAUGAUGACGAACCCACCGACACCCCUCCUGCGCCUGUGGUUAUCGAACUGGUAGAGGAGCCGGUCGCCGUCAGCGGCCUUCCGGAACUGCUCGAGUUCCGACGAGAGUCACGCCGGAUGUUCCGCCAGCAGGCCGCUGCAGAUCAUCGGACCAGGCGCCAGGGAAGACAAGAAAGACGACAAGGCAGAUUUCAGUGGAGAGAGUGAAACAAAGGCUUGCAGCUGCAGAGAUGAAGAGGCGAGAGAGCUGCCAACAGGGUUUCAACAUUCAUUUACCUGAGUUUUUGUAACUUUCACCCUAACGUGUCAAACGUUGAUUGCAUUCUUGAUAAAAGAUCGCGGUUUCUGAGUGUAUGGAGGCCCGCAAGACUGAUUGAAAACCGUGCUCAACUCUGCCUAGCACAACAACAAAAAAUUUUUUUACUCAUGCGAAACCAUCUUGCAUAUUCUUUCAGAAUAGAUAACGAAGUUAAAGAAAAAUAAGAGGGAAAAAUAUUUCGUAAAAAAAAAAAAAAAAAAAAAAAAAG